AUGGUCUCCAAGUUCUUCACCGUGGCCCUCCUCGCCGCCACUCCUAUCCUGGCCAGGACGGAUCUCGAGGGCUGCACCACCUACGACACGGUCAUCAGCGACGCCAAUGGCAUGUACGCGUCUCGCAUCUGGUACGUCCCCGACACGGGCGAGCUGUGCGACUUCCUCGACUGCGGCGGCGGCCGAGCUCCCCCCAAGACGACCGUCCCAGGAUGUCCCUCCUACGAGGGCACCGAGACUUACUCUCCUCUCUUCAUCAACCCCAAGACUCUUGGUGGAGCUGCCGCAGAGGAGACUGGUAGCAGUGCCAGUGCUACGAGCAGCGACGAGGACGAUGAGACCAGGUCUGCUACCAUUACUCAGGCUCCUACUACGGAGACCAAGGCAAGCGUUGCUUCUACCGCUGUCGAGACUGAGACCGAGACUGAGUCUGAGUCUGAGGAUGUGAGCGAGUCCAAGACCCAGAGCAAGGACACAAAGACCAUCACCACCCUCACCACCCACGCAACUGCAACUGCAGCUGCUUCCUCCGGAGCCGAGUCCGGUUCCGAUUUCCCCUCCGGAGCCGGCUCCAACUCCUCCGCCUCCACCUCCGCCUCCAACGCCGCUGCUACCCCGGCCUCGACCGCCGUUUCCACCGCUGGCGCCGCCAUGCCCACUGCCGGUGCUUUCCUCGCUCUGGCUGGUGCUGCCAUGUACGCCGGAAUGCUGUAA